CUGCUAAUAACCGAGACUAAGCUGUACUGUGCACAACUUGGACCGCCUGCACUGCUGACUGAAAUAAACUUCACUGUACUUCGAUGAUCUGGGACUACCCUUCAAUUACCGUACACGGCAAAUACUUAUAUUGUGUCUCUUGUGCAUCCUCGCUCCAUUCUUCAUGUGUCCGAGUGCUGGAGAGCAACUCAAUACUAUUGUACUAGUAGCUGACUUUAUUGCUCUGUGCGGUGCACAAUACACUGCAUCUCAUAUACUUCACUACGAAUAUUUGUGAAACUGCAGCUUCACCACACUAAGCAAACCCCCUGUCACCCUGGGAGGACAGUGUAUAGCAGGUACCACACACUGACACACAAUGCUGCUGCUGAGCCUGAUGUGUCUGCUGCUACCGACAGCUGGAUCCUCGAGCACAGAUGUGGAACUUGUGAUCCCAACAGUUUUAUGGGCUGGUGAAGAUCCUUUGCAGAAUACCAGAGGAGCAGCAACCUUCAGGAGCCACAGAAGACCACGCUCUAUACCAGGAGCUAAGGCAAGCCACCCUGACAUCCUCCACAUCCAGUUGCCUACAUUUGGCAAGAAUCUGUACUUGCACUUGCAGAGAGACCAUAGCUUCCUUGCCGCAGGUUUUCUAGUGGAGGAGAAGAUGGACCACAGAAACAUUACCCAUACCCAAAUCCCAUUGGAUGAGCUAUGCUUUUAUACCGGAGAGGUUGUGAACCACAACAACUCAUUUGCAUCUGUCAGCACAUGUGCGGGACUGACCGGAUACAUUCAGAUAGGGGACGAACAACUGAUGAUCCAGCCAGCCAACAUCACAACCGACUCCCAGGAGCCCAUAUCUGGAAGGAAACAUAUCAUCAGGCAGAAGCGUUCAGCGACACCUGCCAAGCCUGACACUCUGCACAGCAGCUGCCAUGUUGUAACAAGUAAAAAGAAGAAGCAGAAAAAGAGUGAAGCGGGCGGUGAGUGGCGGGAGAGGAGGAACGCUAUCAGGCUGACUGAAGAGCACACACUGGAGACGCUGGUGGUUGCUGAUGCAGACAUGGUGCAGUAUCAUGGUGCGGAGGCUGCACAGAGAUUUAUUUUGACUGUGAUGAACAUGGUUUACAACUUGUUCCAGCAUCACAGUCUAGGACUCAAAGUGAGCAUCAGAGUUACCAAGCUGGUCCUGCUGCACAGCCGACCGAGCAAGUUGUCUAUUGGACACCAUGGGGAGAGGUCCUUGGAGAGCUUUUGUCAUUGGCAGAAUGAAGAGCAUGGAGGAACCAAAUACCUGGGGACCAACCAAGUGCCAGGAGCAAAGGAUGACAUUCCUGUAGAUGUAGCUGUUUUUAUGACCAGGACGGAUUUCUGUGUCUACAAAGAUGAACCUUGUGACACCGUGGGAAUCGCCUACCUUGGAGGAGCAUGCAGUCCUAAACGCAAGUGUGUCUUGGCAGAGGAUAACGGGCUCAAUUUGGCUUUUACUGUUGCUCAUGAGCUAGGCCACAAUUUGGGAAUGAGUCAUGAUGAUGACCAUCCAUCUUGCGCUGGGCGCUCACACAUUAUGUCUGGAGAGUGGGUCAAAGGCAGGAAUCCAAGUGAUUUAUCAUGGUCAACCUGCAGCCGAGAUGAACUGGAGAACUUCCUUAAGUCCAAGGUGAGCUCAUGCCUGCUGAUGACAGAUCCUCGUAGCCAUUAUGCCGUGCGCCUUCCACACAAACUGCCUGGGAUGCAUUAUAGUGCCAGUGAGCAGUGCCAAAUCCUUUUUGGGAGCAACGCCACUUUCUGCAAAAACAUGGAGCAUCUUAUGUGUGCUGGGCUGUGGUGUCUCGUGGAAGGUGAUUCUUCUUGUAAAACUAAAUUGGACCCUCCUCUUGAUGGAACAGAGUGUGGAGCAGACAAGUGGUGCAGAGCAGGAGAGUGUGUGAGUAAGACCCCAAUCCCUCAUCAUGUGGAUGGAGACUGGAGCGCGUGGAAUACCUGGAGCAUGUGCAGCCGGACGUGUGGCACUGGAGCGCGAUUCCGACAGAGGAAGUGUGACAAUCCCCCCCCCGGACCUGGAGGUCAGAGUUGCAAAGGUGCAAGCGUGGAGCACAUGGUGUGUGAGAAUGCAGUCUGUCCUAAAGGAGUCUCCAACUUCAGAGAUCACCAGUGCCAGUCACAUGAUCGCAACAACAAUAAGAAAAAGAGUCUGCUCACUGCUGUCAUUAUUGAUGACAAACCAUGUGAGCUGUACUGUACUCCUGUUGGCCGGGAUGCUCCAGUACUAGUUUCAGACAGAGUAUUGGAUGGAACUCCAUGUGGUCCAUAUGAGACAGAUCUCUGCGUUCAUGGCAGGUGCCAGAAAAUUGGCUGUGACGGGAUCAUUGGCUCAGCUGCAAAAGAGGACCGCUGUGGUAUCUGCAGUGGGGAUGGAAAAACGUGCAAAGUGGUGAAGGGUGACUUUAACCACACCAAGGGAAUGGUCAACAAUAGUCAUUGUAAGAAGGUUUCCACAUGUGUCAUGACAAAGCCAAAGACUGUCCCCAAGUGUUUCUCAUGUUAUAUUGAAGCUGCAGUUAUCCCUGCAGGAGCAAGGAGAAUUCGAGUAGUGGAGGACAAGCCUGCACACAGCUUUUUAGCUCUUAAAGAUUCCAUCAAGAAAUCUAUCAACAGUGACUGGAAAAUUGAGCUUCCUGGUGACUUUCAGAUUGCAGGCACCACAGUUCGCUACGUUCGCAGGGGUCUGUGGGAGAAGAUCUCUGCCAAGGGACCUACUAAGACCCCACUACAUUUGAUGGUUUUGCUGUUUCAUGACCAAAACUAUGGGAUCCACUAUGAGUACACUAUCUCCGUCAACCAAUCAGCGGAGCAGAAAUCUGAGCCAGAAAAGCAGCCAGAUGCCCAGUACAUGUGGACACAUAGCAGCUGGGAGGGAUGCAGUGUACAGUGUGGAGGAGGCGAGAGAAAAACUGUUGUUUCCUGCACAAAGAUAGUUAACAAGACUAUGGCAAUAGUGAAUGAGAGCUUAUGCCCUCAAGUUUCUCGCCCUGCUCCUCAGGCCCGGAAAUGCAACGUGCAUCCAUGCCAGUCCAGAUGGGUGACAGGGCAGUGGGGUCAGUGCUCAUCUACCUGUGAGAAAGGCUUCCAGCAGAGAGAGGUGACCUGUGUAUACCAGCUGCAGAAUGGCACAUAUGUAAACACCUAUGACCUGUACUGUCUGGGCCCCAAACCUGUAACAAGACAAAUCUGUGAUGGUCAAGACUGUUUGUCCAUUUGGGAAGCUUCAGAAUGGACAAAGUGCUCCUCGGACUGUGGCCAUGGCAUCAAGAAAAGGCGGAUUUCCUGCACCAACACUAAAGGCAAAUGUGAAGCUGCCACAAAGCCACGAGAGGAAGAGGAAUGUGAGGACUACACUGGGUGCUUUGAGUGGAAGACAGGAGACUGGUCUAAGUGUUCUUCAACCUGCGGAAAGGGUCUCCAGUCUCGAGUGGUGCAGUGUAUGCAUAAGGUAUCAGGUCGCCAUGGAAAUGAGUGUUCCCUUCUAAUGAAGCCAGUGGCCUACAGACAGUGUCACCAAGAGGCUUGCAAUGAGAAAGUGAAUGCCAACACUAUCACAUCUCCUAGGCUAGCUGCCCUGACAUAUAAAUGCACAGGCGACCAGUGGACAAUAUAUUGUCGAGUAAUCCGUGAGAAGAACCUGUGCCAGGACAUGAGGUGGUACCAACGGUGCUGCCAAACUUGCAGGGAUUUCUAUGCCAAGAAGUCGGAGCCACAAAGCUAGUAACCCUGUGGAAAGUAUUGCAAGGAAACCUAACUCCUCAGCAGUGCUGGAGCAGUCCAAUCAGACUUGAAACGAUAUCUGCAGACUCGUAAUAACCAAAGCAGUGAGUGCUGCUAACCAAACAGCAAGUCUCAGAUAUCCUAUAUACUACACCACUUUGUCAGCUGCCAUGCUGGUCUCCUUGUGGCAUGAGAAAAAUGACUUGACUAUGGAUUACUCUGCUGGAAUGCAACAGAUAAAAUCUCAGGCAAAUCAAGCAAAAAUGAGGGAAAACAAAUAGGAGUGAAACUGGUUUAUUUGCUCAAAAACAAAAAAGGUGCAAAAUGAUGUUACACACGUUAAUACUAUAUUUUGUAGGGUGCUAAACAAUGCUAUUUAUAAGAGUACUGUGUGUACACACUUUGAUAAUCUGCCAUCACAGAUUAAAAUGGUGCCAACCACG